AUGAGUCUAUGCGAGCUCGGGUCGCUCAGAUUUGAGGUGGAAUGGCUGGCAGAGGCGCUGACGGCCGUCCAGGGCUUCUACGCCCCCUUCCAUCCCUAUGUGGCCAUGGCGCUUUGUAUGGCAGGAACGCUAAUGAACAUCUCGACCGUGGUGGUCCUCACCCGGCCAUCGAUGAUCUCGGCGGUGAACCUGUUGCUGUGCGCGGUGGCUGUAUGCGAUGUCGUGAUUACCGUAAUCCUCCAUGCCACCAGCAUUUGGCUUACGGUAAUCCUCGCCCAAAUUCGCGUUCUAACUAUCCGAAAAGCCAGGGUCGGCCCAACAGAAGGAAUCGGUGUCAGAGGUACCCUUGGGAUCGCGCUUAUCACUCUACUCAUCUGUACCGCCAUCAACAUGCCAAAUAUGUUGACUUUUCAGAUAGCUCAACUCCCAGCCGAAGCCCUUCUCCCCUGCCUCCUGGAUGGUGACGUCGGCUCAAACGAGACGAUGGUCGUUGAGCUGGGCACGGUGUAUAUGGUAAAGCCGGAUGAGGACGAUUGUGGGCUGUUAAAGGUGGCCUACUGGACGAAUGGGAUCCUGUUCAAAGUGGUCCCCUGCAUCCUGCUCACCCUCUCCAUCGUCGCGCUACUAAAAAUUAUUGCCGACGUGGCGAACAGGCGGAAAAAUUUAGCACAGGUGAUGAACAAGAAGAAAAUGCCACGCGACCACACCACCCCUAUGCUGGUCGCCGUUUUGUCGAUAUUCUUGGUGGCUGAAUUACCACAGGGAGUCCUCCACGUCUCUAAUGCUAUUUUUGACAACGAGACGUUUCAUAGACGGGUCUACAUCCCCCUCGGCGACCUGAUGGACCUGUUGUCCCUCAUCAACUCGGCCGUCAACUUUAUCAUCUACUGUGCGAUGAGCCGGAAGUUCCGCGCCGUCUUCCUCAACCUGUUCCUCGCCUGCCUCCCCGAGCGCAUCGCCAAGAAAUGGCGCGAAGACUGGGGCGACACCGGCGACACUUCCAGACCGCGGCCAUCCGGCUACACCGGAACGGAGCAGCUGGCCCUGACUUCCGGCCAUCGUCCUUCGGCGACCAGCUUGCUGUUGCGCUUCGGGUCGAAGGAGAACAUCCCGCGCAUGUACACCGCCAACAACCAUUUGGCGGCGGAUGAGCCCAGAAGCGGCAGAAGCUCCCCAUGCCCUCCCCUACUCUCCGUGCCCCAACUGAAGUCGCCGAGAAUCUCCUUCGACAUGACGGCCGACGAGGAGGAGAUACGCCGGAGGAGUGCUGACGUCACGGAAGUGACCCUGCCCGUCCCGCUGAACAUCCAUAAAAAGACGAAGCCCACCCCCUACGAUCUACACCAAUUCACGCGCGCCACCCUCGACUGUUACGCCGAAAUCACCCCGACGCUUGUCGCCCAGGUCCAAAAUGCUGUGGCGGAGUUGGCAAAGAAGUUUGAAACUUGCUGCAAACGUCUAAACACUAAUGAUCUCGAUCUGGGUUUCGUAAAAGCCUUCCCCACCCUCCAGCAAGCCACCAUGGAUUUUGAGACGAUCUCCGAGAAUUUUAUCCCGGCCGCCCGGCAAUAUGUCACAGGGAUACAGAUGGCCGACCCGAAGCGGCGUUCAGUGCAAAGCUGGCAGCUGGCCGUUGGCCCGAUCACAUGCCACGCGUGGAAUAAAGAUCGCUCUCAACUGGCUGUGGCUUCCUCGGGCGGCAACGACAUCCACAUAUUCGAGUUUGUCAAGGGCGCCUGGACGAAUACACACUUGCUAAAGGGCCACGAUUUGCCGGUCACGGGCCUCGACUGGGCAGCAAAUACAAAUCGCAUCGUGUCGGCUUCCCAGGACAAGAACGCCUUCGUGUGGACGUUCAGCGGGAAGGAGUGGAGCCCAAAGCUGGUCUUGGUCCGCCUAAACCGAGCGGCAACAUGCGUCAAAUGGUCGCCUCAGGAGAACAAGUUUGCCGUCGGCAGCGGCCAGCGCCGGAUCUCCGUCUGCUACUACGAGCAGGAAAAUGAUUGGUGGAUCUCGAAGCAAAUCAAGAAGCCAAUCCAGUCGACCGUAAAAUGCAUUGACUGGCACCCAAAUAACAUUCUGCUCGCCGUCGGGGCGUGCGACUUCUAUGCGCGCGUCUUCUCGGCAUAUGUCAAGGAGGUGGACGAGAAGCCGCUGCCGAACCCUUGGGGUUCCAAGAUGCCGUUCGGAUCACUGAUGACCCAGUACAAGACGCAGGGCUGGGUCCACCACGUCGCCUUCUCGCCCUCUGGCUGCCGUCUCGCGUGGGUGUGCCACGAUGCGACCGUCGGGCUCGUUGAUGCGAAUAUCGACAGCAAUGCCUCGCACACACUGCGCACUCGGGCCUGCCCUACACCUCGAUCACCUGGGUCUCCGAGAAUAGCUGUGUGGCGGCGGGCCACGAUUACUGCUCGGUGCUGU